AUGGAAGAAAUUGAAUUAAAUAAUGAUGAAUUAAGAAAUACAAAAUGCAAUUUAGAUGGUGAUCCUAAAGUAGGUUGGCUAUGUAAUAAAAAUGGCUUACUUUUAAAAACAUAUGGGUGGUUAGUUAAAAAUGCUAUAGGAAUUAUAUUAUUAAUACAUGGAUUAAAAUCUCAUACUAGACUAACUUUUAUGAGAAUGAAUAUAAAAUUUCCAAAUGAUAGUGAAGAGUUAGUAGUAGACAAUGAUAGUUACUAUAUUUAUAAAGAUAGCUGGAUCGAAAAUUUUAAUAAAAAUGGUUAUUCAGUAUAUGGACUAGACUUGCAAGGGCAUGGUGAAUCAGAAACAUGGAAAAAUGUUAGAGGCGAUUUUAGUUCUUUUGAUGAUCUAGUUGAUGAUGUAAUACAAUAUAUGAAUCAAAUUCAAGAUGAAAUCUCAAAUGAUAAUCAAACAAAUGGCGAAUCAUAUGAUAUAGUAUCAACUAAAAAAAAAAGACUUCCUAUGUAUAUUGUUGGACAUUCAAUGGGAGGGACUAUUGGUUUAAGAGUAUUGCAAUUAUUAAAUAAAGAAAAAGAAUAUAAGGUUGAUUCUGGAGAGUCAAGUAACUAUAAAAAAUGUAGCGUCAUGUUGGACAACCCUACUAAUGCUAAUGAAAUUGACAAUGAUAUGUAUGAUAUGAAUAGUUCUAAAAAUGACGAUCCGUGCACUUCUAGUGCUAGUACCUUUGCUACGACAAAUGCUAUUGCUAGUACUAGUAGUAAAUGUGAAGGACACCAUAAUUAUUUAGAUAAAUUCAAUAUUAAAGGUUGCGUAACUUUAUCUGGUAUGAUGAUAAUAAAAAUACUAUGGAAUAUUGGACUCAAUUCAUUUAAGUAUUUUUAUUUACCUAUAAUGAGCUUCUUGGCUUGUCUCGCGCCUAAUAAAAUAAUUUCGUCAGAAAUGCGUUAUAAAAAGUCCGAAUAUAUUGAUACAAUAUGUAAGUAUGAUAAAUUUCGAAAUAACAUUGGAUUAAAAUUUAGAUGUGUAUCUGAACUUAUAAAAGGAACGCUUGCAUUGGAUAGUAAUAUUAAUUAUAUGCCAAAAGAUGUUCCUUUAUUAUUUGUGCAUUCAAAAGAUGAUACUGUUUGUUGUUUUAAAGGGGCACAUUCGUUUUAUAAUAAAGUAGAUGUUUGUAAAAAAGAAUUCCAUGCUGUUGAAGAUAUGCAUCAUGCUAUAACGGUCGAGCCAGGAAAUGAAAAAAUUAUAAAAAUAGUUAUGGAUUGGAUUUGUAAUUUGGGAAAGAAUGGUCAAGACGAAAUAGGAGAUGAAAAAGAAAAUGAAAUAUAA